GUCUACUACGUGUUCAAAUCCUCUCUUCUUUUCCUUUAAACCCCCCUCUGCAAUCUUCCCUUCAAUCACAUACCAACAUGACCAAUCCCAAUGUCGUCGUUUCCGACACCCAAUCCGCCAUUGCCAUGGUCGCCGUCAAUGGCUAUUCACCGCCUGUUUCCAAUUCUCCGGCCAUAACACCACGUGGCUACCCUUACAACCUAACACUUUUCUCUAAAUCCAAGUUCCCAAAGAGUCUUGAAACGAAAAACAUUGCUUGGGUGGAUGCUAUGAGAGCUUCUUCUCCCACAAGGAACUCAUCGUCGGAAGAUACUGAACACAAGAAAGCUUGGAUUAUGAAGCAUCCUUCUGCAUUGGGUGUGUUUGAAGAGAUCAUGAGUGCUGCAAAAAUGAAGCAAGUUGUGAUUUUUCUUGAUUAUGAUGGCACUUUGUCUCCCAUUGUUGAAAACCCUGAUCAAGCUUACAUGGCUCCCGAGAUGAGAGAAGCAGUGAAGAAUGUUGCAAAGUACUUCCCUACAGCUAUAGUUAGCGGGAGGUGCAGAGCCAAGGUUUACAAUUUUGUUAGACUUUCGGAGUUAUACUAUGCCGGUAGUCAUGGUAUGGACAUCAAGGGACCAUCGGCUCGCAAGCAUCAAAAAGGCAACCAAAAUGUACUUUGCCAACCAGCCAAGGAUUUUUUACCAACCAUGGCUGAGGUUUAUGGAAUUUUAUUAGAAAAAACCAAAGGCAUCCUUGGUGCCAAUGUGGAAAACAACAAGUUUUGCUUGUCUGUACAUUUUAGACGUGUUGAAGAACAGAGUUGGAAUGAUUUAGCAGAUCUAGUUAAAUCAGUUCUUAAAGAUUACCCAGAGCUUCGAUUAACGCAAGGACGAAAAGUCCUGGAGAUUCGACCAACUAUCAAGUGGGACAAGGGCAAGGCGCUCGAGUUCUUGUUGGAAUCUUUAGGUUAUGCAAACUCAAAAGACGUCUUACCUAUCUAUAUCGGAGAUGAUCGUACAGAUGAAGAUGCAUUUAAGGUGCUAAAUAAACGAGGACAAGGAUUCGGUAUUUUGGUGUCUAAGAUACCUAAAGAAACUGAAGCCACGUAUUCUUUACAAGAACCGCCCGAGGUUAUGCAAUUUCUACAACGUUUAGUGGCAUGGAAACGGUCGGUUCAGCGCAAUCAUUAGCGAGUAUAGAGAUUGAAUGCGGAAAAAAAAAUCCCACCAAAAAGUUUUCAAGAGUGUGGGAUGAUGACUGUGUAGAAGUUUUUGUGUUUGGAUUACUGGGUAUAUAUGAAGGGGGACAAUCUUGUAAAUAACAUCACUUUGUGAUUAUAUGAUCAAGAUGAGAGUACGUUUUAGAAGCAUGUAUGAGAAAAUUUCAUACAUGUCUUACCCUGUAAGAUUUUCGUAUUGGUGAAAAUAUUAUGCAACUUUAACAUAUGCAAAUCACAUUUUGCAACGAAUUAUGAAUUCAAGAAAGAUUUGUUCGUUUC